CAACAAUUUCCGCGCCAAAUGGGUGAUUUGGGAUGUGGGAUUUACUUCCGUCGGGUUCUUUGCUUUCAGGAACCAGGAGAUAUUUCAGUGUGCAGUCAAGUUAUAUGUUAAAUGAGUUCUGCGUACUCGUUGAUGAAUUUGACCGUGUUCUUGGGUAUGCUAACAAAAAAAAGUGUCAUGAAGUACUGGCCGGAAAAUCAUUGCUUCAUCGGGCCUUUAGCCUGUUCCUUUUCCGAAUGGAUACCAGUAAUGAAAAGAAUGGCAGCAGCCUUAGGUUAUUAGUUCAAAAACGUUCGGCUAAUAAACUUACGUUUCCAUCUCUGUGGUCAAAUACUUGUUGCAGUCAUCCUAUCAUGAAUUUUCCUGAUGAACUCAUCGAGUCGAACGCAAUCGGGGUGAAAAAGGCAGCACAAAGAAAGUUACUGCAUGAGCUAGGUAUCGAAAGUAUUUUUGUACCGUUAAAUCGAAUACACUACUUGUGUCGAGUAUUAUAUGCAGCUCCGAACGAACCAAAUGCACAAAAGUUUGCAGAGCAUGAACUGGAUUACAUUCUUGUCAGCGUGCUAGACCCAAUCACUACUCGGAAUCUUCCGGAUACAGACCUAAUGAAACUGAAUCCUGAUGAAGUCAGUGACGUACGUUGGAUGACUUUUAAUGAUUUCAACGAUAUAAAAUGUAUCCCAACAGAUCACAUAAACAUGAAAAAAUCUUCCGGCUCCUAUUUGUCUAGAUCGUCCAUUACCCCUUGGCUACGUGGUCUUCUUUCACGCGGUCUUUUGCAAAUAUUAUUCAGUUGGGCAGAGGCAUCAUGCGGUAAUCACUCGCAGAAAGGCUUUGUAACCGAAGACCAGUCCUGGGAUAGAACUAAAAUAAUUCAUUUAUCUUCUGAGGAUGUACAAUAAUUUGUAUUGCUUCAUUUCUUAUAGUCUAUGCCUUGCUUUAAUAUAAUUUUCAAAAAGGCCUG